AAGAGACAUCUUUCCACUAUCCUGUUGCGCUGGCUCGUCAACAGUAUAACAUCGUAUGACAGCAUUCUCUUUGGAUACGAAGACAAGCCUUUUUUUCAAUAUUUGGGACUUGCCCGUGAAUCGUGCAAUCGUGUGAUACUUCUGCCCUUUUCCCCCACCCGCUGCCUUGCGUUCGCGCUCGACUCUCCAUCUCUUGUCGCUCACCUCCCAUCUAUAUCUAGGAAACUCGCUCAUCAGCUCCUGCAUUACUGCCAAAUAUCUUUGCAGACAAUCACGAUGCGUUUCACCGACGUUCUUGCGCUCCUACCCCUCUCCGCAGCCGCACUCAAUGUGCCCCACCCUCAACUCUUCUUCUCCAACUUCCUCGACAACAGCGAGAAGGAAGUGACCCCUAAUACCUUUCCUACUGUCCACGAGUCCGCUGUUCAAGCCCGUCGCAUCCUAUCUCUCGAGAAGAUUGGUACACUGUCGACCAUUUUCCCCCAAUCUAACACCCCGCAUAAUGCUGAACGUCGUCCCCAUGACGUUUCGGGCACUCCUAUCGGCUUGAUGGACUAUUACAGUGACUGCGAGCCUGCAACGGGAAACCCUACUAUUCUAGCCAUUUCCAUCGCCACUUCAUUCAAGAAUGUUGAUGCAGGCUCCAACAUCACGCUCUCCCUUCGGUGGCACCGCCCCGAUAACCGUCCAGUGAGCGCCGCUGGGCUCCCCCGCUUCUCGCUGGUUGGCUAUCUUGAGGAAAUCGACACCGAAGACGUCAUCAAGCAGAAUGUCCCAGGAUGCUUCGUGAAGCACCAUCCUGAUGCUGCUUGGUGGUUGCCCGGCAACAAGAUUCACACCAGCAAAUGGGUCCGCCUCGUCGUUCAAGAGGUGUACUGGAUCGGUGGAUUUGGAGACCGCGCCUAUAUCGGAUGGAUUCCCAUUGAGGACUGGCAGAGCGUAACGAAGGAGGAGAUCGAGAGCAUUCGUCUUCCUGGGGAGAAAUCAGGCGGUUGGAAAUCGUGGCUCGGAAUCGACAGGCCCGAAAAGAAAGAGGCCUUUGAGUUGUAAACAUCAACCUUGCACGGCAUAAUCAGGAAACCAUGUGCAGCUGGACCUUAGGCAGACAACAACAUGCGAUGAUGUUUACUGGGCAUUAUCAUACUGGCCGCAGUGCAUUCUUGACCAUUACCACGCUUUUGCCGGUAAAGUCUGUCUUCAGAGAAGCGCGACGUAUGGAACAAGAACAGCCGCAUCGUGGUCUUGAUCUCUUCUCCGGAGUCAAUUUGACUUCCAUCCAACCCUCGUUUUCGAUUUGGACUUCUUAGCUCCAUUCUAAAUUGCCACGUAGUCUAUUGCUGUAGAUAGGAGGAGCACAUUCAGGGCUGUCCCUUCAGCUUGUAAAUACAUACUAUUGAUUGCAUUAAACUCAAAUCCAC